CACAUGCGUCCUCGGGCGGAAACGAGUGACAGAGAGGAGGGUUGUGUUUGUGUAGGUAAACAAUGCAGCUGUCUCUUAGUUAAACGUGAGUUUUUCUGUUAUUUUCUUAUAACUAGAGACACGCAUCAGCAGUUUUGCCGUGAGCAUUCGCAAAUGAAGACUUUAAUUGUUGGAGUUGGCGGUGUGACCAAUGGAGGAAAAUCUACCCUCUCCCAAUUUCUUCACCAGAAAAUACACAACAGCUGCAUCAUUGCUCAGGAUACGUAUUUUAAAGAGGACUGUGUUGUACCAGUGGACAGUAACGGCUUCAAGCAAUAUGACACGCUUGAUGCUCUUCACAUGGAGAAGAUGAUGAAGGAGGUUUACUCCUGGAGAAAAGACCCUCGUGAGUUCCUGAGGCGAGGCGGCCCCAAAGAUUCAUCCACUGAUGACGAACUUUACGUUCUGAUAGUGGAAGGUUUCCUCAUUUUCAACCACAGGCCUUUGAAUGAGAUGUUUGACAUGAGAUAUUUUUUGGAAAUACCUUAUGACGCCUGUAAGAAGAGACGGAGUUUGAGGGUGUAUGACCCUCCAGACCCUCCAAACUACUUUGAUGGAUACGUGUGGCCAAUGUACCUUCAAAACCGCAAGGAGAUGGAGAGAAUCACUUCAGAAAUUGUUUUCCUGGAUGGUCUGAAGCCGAAGGACGAGGUUUUAGCUGCUGUUUAUGAAGACAUUCGUCAAGAAAUAGCCAGACUCCAGGCUAAGGCUGCUUCUUAAUCUGGAAAUUAACAUCAGUAUCCUAAAUUGGAACAGAGUCACUUAUUGGACAAAGCUGAUGUGAUCGACAUCUGUCUGGAUGUCAGACGGCAUCUUCUAGUGGACUGAUGUGUGACUGAAAGGACCAACCGUUUUAUUGGUGCUGUUUGAACGACUUUUACGUCUUUUGGUUACUGUUGAUUUUGAUCUCCAUUAAAUGGGCUUGUUUCAACACUUUAUGCAGAUGCUUGAUCCCACAGACUUAAGGUUUUCCCACCUUAGAAUUUCAUUAUUGUAAAACGAAAAGUGAUGUUCACUUAAAAUGUUGCUGCUUUCAGUAAGGUGGAUGAUAAUUUCAUAAAAAAAAAAAAACAACUUUUAAAAAGGUGCUUAUGAGGAGAAACUGAUAAAAGAUUGUCUGUUGUUAUUCUUCUGUUGCCUGAAGCUGACAUUUUCACCAUCAGUUAGUGGAUUUUACAAAAACAUUAACUUUGUUUCACACUGGAACCUUGUUCUUUUACUGACAUGAUCCCAAAAAAGCUCAACGUAUAUAUCAAGAAACAGUAUUGCAGGUUUACAAUAUCAGUUUGUAAUCCUUUCAUCUCGUUAUCAUUCAUGACAUUUGUUUAAUAUUUGACUAUUGAAUCAAUAAAAUUCACUAGUGUUGAUUU